UUUAGUUUAGAGAUUAGAGAUCUCCACAGUAAACAACAAGAAUGAGCAAGCGCUAAAAUCCUAUAUGAUAUUAUUUUGCCAUUAAACAUCAAUAAUCUGGACUAUGGUUGGUUCUCCAGGUUGACAGUCAUUCAAGAAUUGUUUAGUGUAAUGUGCCAAGAUGUUGGUGGAACGCUACCGACCCAUCCUGUACCUACAGUACCUCUUGCUGUUUGUGGAUCUGUUUCUGAACUCUUUCAUUGAGUUACUCAGAUUUGAAAAUGUCAUACUUCUUGUGUUACUAGUGAUCCAGGAUGUGUGUAUACUUUUUGCGGCUAUCGUCGUCUUCCUUCUCUUCUUCAACACUUUCAUCUUUCAAGCAGGCCUUGUGAACAUCCUUGUUAACAAGUUCAGGGUCACCAUCACAGUAGUGUUUGUCUACUUCUGCCUCUGUGUGGGCCUACACGUAUGGUAUAUGACAUUGAGAUGGGCAGACCCUAAUACGUGGAUCUGGGGAAAUCAAGGCAUUAGAGCACUUUUCAUCAUUCAGAGAACGGCCUCUGUGUUUUACUACUACUUCUACAAGCGAACGUGUCUGAAGCUGGCAGACCCGCGAUUCUAUCAGGACUCAGACUGGAUACAGAAAGAGUUUGAAAAGAGACGAUAGUACUUGAGUGCUUGAUCCAUGUGGAAAUAUUGAUCUGUGAUAAGCAUGCCAUUUUUAUAAUAAUGGACCAUGUAUAUAUACUACUACGCUACUUGGAUGUUUGCAUGUAUUGGAGUGUUACCUUAGAUUUGCUAUUGUGACAUAGUUAUUUAUUUUAUUGAUAUGAUUGCCGUGUACUCAUUUGAUUUUUAUGCCAACGAAGGUGGGCA